CUGCUAAUUUUUCGGUUACCUAAUCUGUACACGAUCGUUUGGUACAAACUCUGAAGACCAAUUCGAAUGCUUGUGUGCUGAAACUAGCUGAAUAUCUAAUAUUUCAUCCAAUAGCUGAAGGAAAUGGUAAAGCCACAUAUCAAAGACGAGUCAGCAUCGGUUGCUCUAGUCCAGUCUCGACUGAACCAGCUACAGCAAGAUCUUGACCUUGAACGUGAAACGAGGAUAAAGGUUGAGAGAAGAUGUUUGGAAUUGGAGCAUGAGCUGAGUAUUGUAUGUGAACAGCUUGAUGAAAGUGGUGGAGCUACAGCUUUAUUGCAAUGUAAACGGCAAGAGGAGGAAAUUCUCAAGCUUCGCAGAAGUCUGGAGGAUGCUGCCAGACAGCAAGAUGAUGCUAUUAGUGUUUCCAAAAUGAGGCACAGUCAAGAAAUGAGAUCAUUGCAAGAUGAAAUUGAUGGUUUGAAAAAGAUCAGAAUUAGACUUGACAGUGAAAAGACUGAAGUCACAUUGAUGUGUGAUCAAAUAGCAGAUGAACUUGAUGACACCAAAAGAAGUCUUGCAUCAUUCGAGCAGAAAGCUGGCCUAUUUGAAGAAAAAUACAAUGAAGAACACCUAAAGGCACAAGCAUUUGAGCGAUCUGCAACACAGCUAGAGUCACUGAAGAACAAACUGACGGAAGAAAAUGCAGACGUGAAGGAAAAGCUGGCCGUGCUGGAUAGGAACUGUUCUGAUCUUACAAAGACUAACAAGAAUCUUGAAGCAGAUUUGAUGGAACAGAAGUCAACACUAAAAAUUGUUACUAAGGCAAGAGAUGAUUUUAUCGAUAAGUACGAAGACAUCAAAGUUGAGUUCACAUCAAUUCAAAAUGCCCUGGAAGAUGAACAGGAAGCUCACGUAGAGGCCAAAAGGAGGCUGACCGACGUUACUAAUAAUUAUGACCAUCUCAAGCACUUGUAUGAAGUCGAGGCUCUACAGAAGAUUGAAGAAUUAGAAGAUGCAAAGAGGAAGCUGGCAAUUCGAGUAAGGGAGGUUGAAGAUACAAUAAAUGAACUUCAAGGGAAGCUGCCUGGUCUAGAGAAGGCAAAAGCCAGACUUUCUGCAGAAAAUGCUGAGCUUACUGAUGAGCUUGAAAGGACACACGGAGAUCUCAACCUUGCUGAAAAGGCUUGCAAGAAAAUGGACCAUGAAUUGCACGAUUUGAGGGGCAAACACGAACUGAUCGUUAUGGAGUUUCAGAACGGAGAGAAGCUGUGGAAGGAAACUUCUGCACAGCUCAAUAAAACAAGACAAAAGCAUGAAGAUGCUUGCGCUGAGCUGGAAAUAUUGAAAAGAGAAAACAAGAAACUACGUGAUGAUCUUGAGUCACUGAAGGAGGAAAUCAUUGUCGAAACUGCCAAGAUUAAAGAGCUUGAUGCUGCUAAAAGAAGAGUUGAAAUUGAAUACGAGGCAGUUACUGCAAUCUUGGAGGAGCUUGAGAUCACGGUGGAUGAGGAGAAAAUGAAUACCCAGCGGUCAAUUGCUGAAUUGAAUUUGAUUAUUAAUGAACUUGAAGAGAAACUUGGCAAAAGAGAUGAGGAACUUGAUAGCAUUAGGAGGGUUAUGCAACUGCAGCUCAAUGAUUUAGGCGAAAAGCUUGAGAAUGAAGUUCGCAACAAGUCAGAGCAGGCCCGUCAAAGGAAGAAGUAUGAAGAUCUCUCUAUUGAUCUCGAAGGUCAAGUCGAUCGCCUCAAUGCUACGAAUGCAGAUCUUGUGAGAAUAAAUAAAAAGAUAUCACAAGACUUAAAGGACUUUGAGAUGCGAUAUGACGAUGAGAGACUUAACCAUGACAAUACCAUGCAGUCUUGCCAAAGAGCAGAGAAGAAGCUGAAAGAAGCUACAAAAGCACUUAACGAUGCCAAGCUUGACCUUGAACAGGCUGAGCGUAUGCGGAAAGUAGCACAAACGGAGGUGGACGAAUUGACCGCGCGUUCAGAGCUUUUGCAAGCAAAGAACACAGAGAUGACGUUCUCCAAGCAGAAAGUGGAGAAGGAUCUGAACUCACUCAAGAUUGACUUCGAAGAUGCUGAAGACCGUGCCAAACUUGCAGAGGAGAAGGCUAAAAGGGUUUUAGGAGAGUUCGAUAAGCUCAACCUGGAGAUGAAACAAGUGCAGGACCAAGCAGCAAUAGCCGAAGUAGCAAGGGAGAGUAGUGAAAGGCAGGUCAGAGAGCUGCAAAGACACAUCGACGAGAUGGAGAGAGUUGGUGUAAGGCAACUGAAAAACGAAAUAAGGCUUCUAGAACGCAAGAUAUUUGAAGUGGAAGAGCAGCUCGGAGAAGAGCGUCGAAGUCUUGAAGAAAUGCGAAAGCUGCUUUCAAAGGCCGAGAAGCGGAACCGUGCACUGGAAAGUGUCCUUGAAGACGAGCGAAAAGCCUCUGAGAUUCUGCAUGUCAGGAAUGAAGGACUUAAUGCCAAAUUGAAGAAAAUGAGAGAAGCUGUUGAGACAUCGGAGACAGAAAUCGCCUCGUUGGUUGCCAAGUACCGCAAGUGUCAAGCAGAGUUAGAGGAUGCCGAGGACCGAGCAGAUGUUGCUCAUUCUGCCCUGUUAAUGAGAACAAAGACCCCCAAAUCAGGUAGAUCACGUGCAAUGACACCAGUGCCAAGAUCCCGUGCAAGGUCUCGCGCUCUUUCUCCAGAACCGCGAGACUAUAGAGAUUAUGAAUCAUCUGAAAGUGACGAUGGAAUUUAAAGCAUCCAUAGAUGUAGAGAGGCCUUGAUUGAUCCGUGUUCACUUGGCUUUGAAUAUUAAGGUAUUAAUAAUUUAUUGUAUAUUUAAUAGGUAUUCAACAAACUUAAUGUUCCCUCUAAAGAGAGCUCUUGAAAAUGAAAAACACCCACAUAUGGAAACACUCUUUGCAAUGCUACCGUGUUCUUUAUUUUUUCAUAUUAUCUGAGCACAAACGUUUUCAUCUUUUCAAGCCUGCACUCUUUGGUAUUCUUUAAAGCUCAUAUUGAAGUGCACAAAAUCCUAAGGAACAUUUUUAUAGGCAAUUUUUUGUUUUUUAUUUAGCUUAAUCUUAAUGGAUGCCAUGAAAACUAGCCCCUGACAUCACAUGGUCACUCGUUAAAGAUUAUUAAACUGAAUCUGUUAACGGACAAGAUCACGCCUGUUCUACAACAGGAAAAUUUUUGACAAAAAACUCAUCGAUUCCUUUUGAAACAUUUCCCACAUGCAAUAAACCUCGACUUGUCAAUAAAUUAUCUCCCGUGACGAGAAUUUCACAUCCAUGAUAACCCCCGUACGCCAUUUGUUGGUACAACUUGACUAUAUGAAUAAUCAUUUUUAUUUUUCUCCUCUAACGAUUGGUAAAAUGUUAGCAGUUCGUUGGUGUGGAUUGUCAAUAUUUGUCGUAAAUUUUCUGUAAAACGACAAAGUUUCCUGUUUGCUGCCCCUCUUUUCUUGUAGAUGUAAGGGUGUGUUUGUGAUAACUUUCCCAUGGACGCAUAAGCGGUAAAAAUUUACACUGUGUGUUCUUGAACAGUCAAUUUUAUUUGAUUUGGUAAAUCCUUGUGUGGUGUGUUUUAUAAAUUCAGUUCAAUCGCUAUAAUUUAUUUUUCGCUUUUA